AUGCUGGUGCCAUAUGCAUUGGCUCUGGUGGUCAGGUAUGAGUACGGGUUACCAGAGCAACCGCCAGACCAGCUGAAGGUCUUCCUCAAGUGUCUGCCCGUCCUGGUCCUCAUCAUUCUGAUCCUGGAGCAACAGCAUGGAAAUGACUUCUCCUUCAGGCUGGCAGUAGCUAUGGGCUUUGCUGCUGCAGGUGAUGUCUGCCAGCUCUACGAGGAACACUGCUUCACCCAUGGUGUCCUUGCCUCUGGGAUUGCCUACUGCCUCUUUGCUGUGGCGUUUGGGUUGAAGGUAGACCACAAGCGCCUGGGGGCACUAACCUGUGUGGUGGCUGGGGCCGUGUAUUACCUGGCCUCUCCCGCGGUCCAGGCUGUUUCCCAGCCAGUGGUGCUUGCCUACAUACUGUCCAUCUUGCUGAUGAUCUGGAGGGCCUUGGCUUGGUGGAAGAAUACUCACCAGUGCCACAGCUGGUGUGCGGUGGCUGGAGCCAUCAUUCUCGCCACCUCCAACAUCAUCCUGUCCAACCACAUCUUUGAGUUCCCAGUCCCCCACAGUCCAUGUCUGAUCACUUCCAGCUAUUACACGGGCCAGCUGCUCCUUGCUCUGUCUGCACUCUAG